AUGUCUAAGAGACAAAAAGCGCGAAAAGAAGAAUUUGUAGUCAAAAAAAUUAAAGUUGAUCGAAUAGUCAGAAAAAUUAAAGGUUAUCGAAUAAAUAAGGGUAUUUUACAAUACCUUGUGAGAUGGGAUGAAUAUCCGAAUUCAGAUGAUUCGUACGUUGAUGAGGCUGACGUUUUUGCAGCGGUGUUGGUCGCGGAUUAUUGGAACAACAAAAAAAUCGAUGAUCUCACAUUUAAAGAAAUCAAUGAUCUCAUUAAGUACUAUAAUCAAAAUUCACAUCCACUUGAUCAUCCACUUAAAAAUUUUAUCGCUUCCAUCAAGGGAAAAAAAAGGCGUUUGAUUACCGCUGACGAAUUUAUUUCUGUAUUGAAGGAAUAUAUACGAGAUGAUGAUUCCAUGCCCAUUUCGAUCACAUUAUUAGAAACGUUAGAAACGAAUUUAAAAGAAUUAAACGAACAGCUUUCAGGUCUGAAUGAUGUUUCGGAAGCAAUCACAUUGUUGGAAACGAAUUUAAGUAAAUUUAACAAACAGCAAUGCACAUCAUCGGCCAUCGAAUCAAAUAUAUCGAUAAAUAAUAUUUAUAUGAAGAUAGUUGAAUUAUUCAAAUCCUCCGGUACACACGAAAGAUCCACCAAUACACGCGAAAGUGUGAUCCUUAAGAUCAUUACGGAAUUGCGCAAAAAUAAUCGGAUCUAUGCCGGAAAUCAGAAACUUGAUAAAGCUCGAUAUGAACAUGGCAAAUCAGUUCGUUUCAGCCGAUUCGAAAAAGUUAUUGAUCCAAAUUAUAAGACACAAGACGAAUUACAUCCAUUCUGCUAUCUUAAUAAUCAGUACCAUUCGUCUAGGUUCCCGGCUGAUAAAUAA